GUGUUUGGUAUGAUGUCAUAACGUUCGGCGCUCCGGCUCAUCACCACCAGACCUUCAAACAUGGCGGACUGAAAAAACUGCUCAGCAGACACACAAAGUACAGGGACAGCUCCGUGUCGUACUCUCAGGACGAGAGCUCCAGAGCCAGGGAGCUGCUGACCAGCGUGGCCCAGCUGCAGCCUCUCGUCUUCGGCUUCGCUGAGGAGCUGCUCGCCGUCUCUCUGGAGCUGAACGCCGCUCGUCUGCAGCAGGUGCUGGACGGCCUUCGUGGACAGACGGAGCAGUUUGUCCACGCUCUCAAAGACGAGCUGGUGAAAAUCGCUCUGCUGGCGAUUCACAACCAGGUCACGGCCAACUGCAGCAGCAGCCAUGUCCACAGCAACGGGCUGCUCUGUGAAGACUCAGCCAAUCAGGAGGGACCGUCUUCCUUUGGUCAACAGGUCGACGCGGCGUACGACGAGGAGGAGUGGGACAGGACGUGGGCCAACGUCGCCAUGAGCCUGAACUGCAUCAUCGCCAUGGUCGACCGGCUGCUGGGGCGGGAGCAGCGCCCUCUGGAGGGGACGUCAGCAGAGCAGCAGGAGUCCCCGACAAACGCUCACAACAGCGCCUCCUCCUCCUCUACUGCGUCCUCCUGGCAGGAGCAGCUGCUCCCUCUCGUGGUCACUCUCAGGGACUGUGUGCGUGAGGCCGUGGCGAAGGCGCGAGCGGCCAUGACCUUUGUUGUCCUGCAGGGUGCUGCGGCCCCGACUGUAAACCAGGGACCUCCACAGAUCGUCCAGAGGCGCCACGCUGUCUUCAGCCAGGCGCUCGCUGCGCUCGUGUGCGGUUUCACACUGAAGCUGAACGUCGCUCUGGAACAUCCAGACGUUCUGAAGCAGCUCCACUCUGUGGGAAUCCUGGCUCAGUUUGAAAGUCUGCUCAGCACCUAUGGUGAUGAGCUGGGGAUGCUGGAGGAUAUGGAAGUGGGUGUGUCUGAUCUGAGCCAAGUGGCGUUCACUGUCACUGAGGCUAACACAGAGCAACCUGACGACCUGCUACCAACACUCAGCGGGACAUGGGGCAGUUUUGUCGUCGAGGUGCCGGUGACCCCAGAGAUGUUCAGUUUGUUGCCUCAGGAACUAAAAGAGGGAAGUUUGAUACGAGUUCAUCCCGUUCUGUUUAACAUCGGGAUCAACCAGCAGCAGAGUCUGGCUGAGAGGUUUGGUGACAGCUCGCUGCAGGACACAGUGAAUCAGCAGAACUGUGAGCGUGUGAGACUUUACUGUGACACACUGAAGGAGCAGCUGCCCCACAUGGCUGGUGUAGAGUCUCUGUCCGACUUGUUGUCGUCUCUGGACCGAAGCAUCGACACCAGGAAGAGGAAGAACGUGGAGGUUCUGUGGAUCGCUGCUACGGUGUGUCGUACGGUGAACGGCGUUCGUCUGACGAGUUGUAAAAGCGCCAAAGACCGCACGGCGAUGUCAGUGACUCUGGAACAAUGUGUGUUACUGAGACAGCGACACACACUCAGUCAGCAACACUUCAACACUGCACUGGACUGCAUGAGGAGGGACGGCUGCAGGAUGGAGAACGUGCUGAAGAACGUCGGCAGCAGGAAGUUCGCCUUCAGCAGCGUUCAGCUCCUCACUUUCCCCAAACUGUACCGACCUCCUGAUGGCAGCUACAGCUCCGCCCCCUGACACAUCCACCUCCUGUACAAGGCUUUUACUGUGUAAAGUCAGUUCUGUGUUUUUAUGAACGUACAUUUUAUUUGAAUGAGCCAAAAGCAGUGUGUCAUGUUCAUUUAAUAAACAUGAAAGUGUCAUAUUUUAUUUAAAUGUUUAAACUUUAUCUGUGGACAAACCUUGAUUUAAUCCACGUAAAAGCUGCAAACGCAUUAAAUAAAUCUAGUCAGAGACGUUAUCGAGCAAAGUGAGAGAUUUAAAACAAGGUUUAUAAAAUAUGAUGCGUUGUUCACAUUAAGUAUUUUCAGAGUCAUUGAUUCAUCAGAAAUGGUUCGGGCCAAGAAAAAUGAAAAUGUAUUCCUUGAAUUUUCUUUCUUUCUUGAUAUAUUUGAGACAAAUGAUGAUAUAAUAGAAGAAUUUCAGAAAUGAUGAAUAUUUUCUGUAUAUUUCUUUAGUGUCAUUAUAUUGUGUUAGUAAUUUUAAUUUAAUGUCAUCGUCAUUCAAUAAUUCUUUCAUGAAUAAACUGUUUGAAGAGCAGCGUGUUUAUGUUGAUUUACAGCAGCGGUGGUUCUGCCGGGCCGCUGGGGGGCGCUGCUCCAGACCAUCACACUCAAAGCUGCGUCACGCUGAAUAACGGAAAUGAAAGGUUUUGCC